UGUCCAGUUUGUAGUGGCUAUACACUUUUUUGGGGUAUAGUCAGCCAUAAAACCCACAGAAGAAGAGAAAUGAAAGGUUUCUUUCCGUAAAAGUUCCCCACUGCAGAUGACAGGAUACACAGUAGCGUGUUGCAUGUAGGCCUGCGCCAAAUGGACGUAGCCUCAUGUUUUUAAAAGUUUGUUACUUAUUCUUAUUUUUUCCCUCCUGCGUUGUAAAUUCACACUGGGACCUGGAACUCCACAUCCUAAAUGAUGACUCUGUACGUUUUUGUCUAUCCUCCCCCGAUUCAGAAUGUGUAAUUUUCAUAAUCUUUGGAACGCUUUGUGUAAGAGCUAUUGAAGAUUGAAAUCUGAAAUUGUUUAAAAAAUAAAAAUAAAAACUCAUGUGGAUUUUUCUCCAUCCACCCCUGAUUCAGAAUAAACUAUGUUCAUAGUAAUGGCAUGUUUGGUUUAAUAGCUAUUGACGAGAGAACUGAAUAUCCAAUAUAAAACCAUUUUACCUCUAUACUGGUUACACAGUUACGAUGAUGAUGAUUUUCAGGGUGUGUAAUUUGCAAAAUUCAAGGAUAUUGCAAUUGCAAGAAAAGCAAGUAUUCAUACUAGUUUAAAGUAUCUUCACUAGGAUUGUAAUGCUCUCAUAACAACCAAUAGAUGGAGCCAUUAAACUACAUCACACACUAGCCAAUCUGGGUGUUGAGAAGGCUGCAUACUGAAGUGAACCAGGAGAUGGGGAGCUACACUACUCGUUUCGCUCCUACAUUCUUGCAGUCAUAAUGUCCUGUAUGUAAUUCUGUGUGGACUUGUCAGUUUUUAGAUGGUAUCUAAACAGUUUCCUGUCAGAAAAUACUUCGUUUCGGGUAUGGGUGUUUAUUUAUGAGAGUACUCUAAUAACUACUUUUUGUUGCACUGUCUUACUGAGAAGAGCGCGUGCUUUGAAGGUGCGUUUUAUGCAGGACAUCUUACAAUGAGAGAGUGCAUCGUGUGCGUAUGGGCGUUUAUCCUGCUGCUAAGGUUACCAACAUGUGCAGGGGAAGAGAUCAGAGACGCCUCUGCGAAUGUUGUGAAUCCCUGUUGCUAUUACCCCUGUCAAAACUGGGGUGUGUGUUUAAGGUUUGGCACUGACCGCUAUGAAUGUGACUGCACUCGCACCGGCUUCUAUGGACAGAAUUGCACUACCCCUGAGUUCUGGACAAGGGUCUACCUGAAGCUGAAGCCGAGCCCUGAUGUGGUCCACUACAUCCUUACACACUUCCACUGGCUGUGGAGUCUCAUCAACAGGACCUUCCUACGGGACUGGCUCAUGAGGGUGGUCCUCACAGUCAGAGCAAACCUUAUUCCCAGUCCUCCUACCUUCAACUCAAAGUAUGGAUACCUCAGCUGGGAAUCCUACUCCAAUGUCUCCUAUUACACCCGUAUCCUACCCCCUGUGCCUGAAGGCUGCCCCACCCCUAUGGGUGCCAAAGGAAAAUCUGUCCUCCCAGACCCAAAGCUGGUGGUGGAGAAGUUUCUGCUGAGGAGGAAGUUCAGGCCGGAUCCACAGGGAACCAACCUGAUGUUUGCUUUCUUCGCUCAGCACUUCACCCAUCAGUUCUUCAAGACUCAAAACAGCAUGGGCCUGGGCUUCACCAGGGCGUUGGGGCAUGGGGUGGAUGCCGGCCAUGUCUACGGCGAUAAUCUGGUGCGUCAGCUGAACCUCCGGCUUCUUAAAGACGGAAAGAUGAAAUACCAGGUAAUUAAAGGUGAGGUGUACCCUCCAACGAUAGCCGAGGCGGCAGUGAAUAUGAGCUACCCUCGAGGGGUUCCCGAGGGGCAGCGCAUGGCCAUUGGGCAGGAGGUGUUUGGGCUGCUGCCAGGCCUCACCAUGUACGCCACCCUGUGGCUGAGAGAACACAACCGCGUCUGUGACAUCCUGAAGGCCGAGCACCCCACCUGGGGGGAUGAGCAGCUCUUCCAGACCACCAGGCUCAUCGUCAUAGGUGAGACUAUCCGGAUAGUGAUCGAGGACUACGUGCAGCACCUGAGCGGCUACCUGUUGGAUCUGAAGUUUGAUCCGGUCCUGCUCUUCAAGUCCACGUUUCAGUACAGGAACCGCAUCGCUGUGGAGUUCAACCAACUGUACCACUGGCACCCCCUGAUGCCAGACAGCUUCCACAUAGACGGAGACGUGGUGCCCUACUCCCAGUUCAUCUUCAACACCUCCAUCGUCACACACUACGGGGUGGAGAAACUGGUGGACGCUUUCUCACGCCAGUGUGCUGGACAGAUAGGAGGUGGGAAGAACAUCCACCCAGUGGUGACCAAGGUGGCCGAGGGUGUUAUUGAAGAGUCCAGGGCUCUGCGUCUCCAACCCUUCAACGAGUACAGGAAGAGGUUCAACCUGAGGCCCUACACAUCUUUCUCUGACUUCACUGGUGAGGAGGAGAUGGCCAGGGAGCUGGAGGAGCUCUAUGGUGACAUCGAUGCGCUGGAGUUCUACCCCGCCCUCAUGCUGGAGAAGACACGCCCCAACGCCAUAUUUGGCGAGAGCAUGGUGGAGAUGGGGGCUCCGUUCUCCCUGAAAGGCCUUCUGGGUAACCCGAUCUGUUCCCCUGAGUACUGGAAGCCCAGCACGUUUGGAGGCCAGACAGGCUUUGAUAUAGUCAACUCAGCCUCGCUGGAGAGACUGGUGUGUCUGAACACUAAGUGGUGUCCGUACGUAGCCUUCAGUGUGCCUCCAGCUGGGCAGGAACCGCCGCCAAGGAAACCGUCCACUGAACUGUAAUCCAUGGUUACGUUAGUGUUGUUGUAUGGUAUUACUGUAAUGCCCUUGCCCACCUUUGAUGCCUGUACUGUAUAUUAUGUUUACAAUGCAAGGACUGCAUUUAUGAAUCAUCACCAAGUUCCCUAUGUACGUUGUACUUUGUGAACAUGAAAAGUAGCCUGAAUUAAAAACUCAUAAAAUAGUGAAAUAGUUUGUAAUAAGGUUUAUUUGAUAUUAAUUUAGGUCUACAUUACAGUACAUCCAUAAUGAUCUAGCUAUGGUCAUUGAUUUAACAGUAUUUUUGCAAAAAGGUAGAAAUGAAAAUCACAUUGGAAACUGUAUAACAGAAUAUUGUCAAAUGAAGUACAGCAUUAUUAUUGUUGGCCAUUCUUGAGUAAAUAAAAAAUCUAUUUGAUACA